AUGAAGACUGAUCUGAAUUUGUUGCUGGAGUGUCUAAAAUUUCAAAUGGAUAAUCCUCAAUCACAGAAAGAGGCUUUAGUCACUAUAUAUUCUAUCUGUCAAGAAAACAGCGAUGCGUGUGAUUAUUUUAGAGAAAUUGGUGGUUUAUUAUUUGUCAGUAACCUUGCAAAAUCUAGUACACACUAUGUAGUAAAAGAAGCAUCUCUAUUCACCUUGGGAAUUCUUGCCGAAAACAAUGUGUAUUGUCAGCAAACUCUGUGUAAUUUGGAGCUAUUUGAAGAUGUGUGCACAACGCUGUCUGAUGAAGACUCUUCAGUGAAUUUAAAGAGAAUGUCUGUUUAUAUUUUCUUGGUUUUGGUUUCCAAUAAUAAGACUGGUCAAACACUUGCAAGAGAAUCUGGAUGUAUUGAUAUACUUCUUUUUUUAUUUAGGGAAACUCUCAUGACAGGCCAGACGGACCUUACUGAUGAAAACACAUGCCACAGUUACCAGCUAUGGUCCUCCGUGUGCAGUGCUCUUUGUGCAUGUGCUAAUAACCCUCAAAAUGAUGAAAAUCAGAAAUUGUGCAGCUCAGCUUUUACACAAGCCAAAUACUGGCUACAGCAUUACAUGAAACCUGAUAUAGUUCGCCCUAUAUGUUCUUUGGUUGGACUUACUGUAGCAAAUAAUAGUUUUGCUCAGGAUUAUUUUACUUCAGUUGGAGGUGUUGAUGCAUUGGCUGAUAUUCUCCAAAAGCUUGUGAAUGAUUUACAGAAGAGUUUCUCAAGUUCAAGUUCCAAGCUUGCUGUUGUGGUAACAAAAACUCUGGAUGCUUGUAUUGCAGAUAACACUAGCUGCACUGGCAGUUUAUCAAAGUACAACACUGUGUCAAAUUUACUAAAACUUUUGUCGUUUGAAAGCCUUAAUCCAGAAGACAUAUUCAGCAUUGUACUUACUUUAGGCCAUUGCACUGAAAAUUGUGAGAAAAAUCAGUAUGAGCUUCUAAAGAACAACGGACUCCCAAUUGUCAUUCAGGUUCUUACAGAGUCACAGGAUGAGGAGUUAAACAAAGCAGCUACAUUUGUCCUCCAGAACUGUAAAAACAUCACUGAAAAUGUAUUUCACCAACUCAGUGACAACACUUCAAGUAUAAAAACAGGCUUGUUCUUAGAUCAGAAUACAAAUGAAAAACCCUUGGAUGAAUACUGGAAAAAAGCAAAAUAUAUUCUUCAAAAAAUAGAAUAUUUAGAGCAACAACAAAACAAGAAAAUGAUCAAAGAAGACUACCCUAAGUUUGAUUGUGGCAAUAGCAUUAUCCAUACCCCAAUUCAUGUCAACGAAAUCAAUGCUUUUUUGGAAGAGGAUACAAGUGGAGGGGCAUUAAAACCAUCUGGUUCGGGUUUGCAAAAUACCAUAUACUGUCCGAAGACUGUGACAGUUGCAGAUACAAACCGUCUAAAAAAGCAAAUACCUUGCAAUGAACCUUGUUUAACAAAACUUUUACACGGAAGGUUUGCUGGCCCUAGCACAGCUUAUUUAAAUAAAGACAAAGCAACCACCCCACAGUUACAAAAAAACUGUAGAUCUGUGACUUUAAACAGUAUAGAUGAAAAUGCUUCAGCAUACAGCAAAAAUGCACCAAUGGAAAAAGUAAGAAGGCGAAUAUUUUCUGAGGAUGCUUCACUGCGUAAAUGUGCUGCAUCAGGCCAUGCAGGUGAAAUUGAGAGAGACAGCCAGCCUAAUCCACAGGAAAGCUUCCUAUAUUUACCCUGCAGAAAUCUGGGAAAUAAAUCAAACAUUUCCAUAAAUAAUCCUCCUAUGAGAGAUGCAGCUAUACAGACUCAGUCAUACAGAACAAAUAAGAAGCAUUGUGAUGGAUACCCCAAUAAAUCUAGUGAAGUGUUAAAAGAAGCAAAACAAGUUGAAAUGUCAAGAUCAAGUCUAAAUUCAAGACAUGAUUUAUCUAUACAUCAAUGUAUCAACCAAGAAACUUACAGUCCUGCACAUACAGAUCCACUGACAUUAUGCUCAGACAUAAUAAGCGAUGAAAUCUGCAGCAAUCUCAAAAAAACAAAAAGAAAUAUUGAUUUGCGAUGUUCAGGGUGCCUGAGAGAUAAAGACAUGAAUAGCAGAAACUGCAGCACAAUCCUAAAGAAUUGUUUGUACCAGUGUGAACGCCACAGGGUUAUACUUGAAGCGGAAGAGCAAUAUAAAAGAAAAAUUAAGAAAUUACUGUACAGCAGUGGGAGCUCCACAUAUGUUAAUUAUAAGCAGCUUACACCUCUUACAAAGGGAGGGAUGGAUUAUGAGUCGUUUCUUCAAAGGAAAGCACAACCCAACAGUUUCUUGUUGACACCCAUUAAGAAAGUAACUUUUUCAACAAACCUAACAACAAAUGAAAGUCACAAUAACUGGAAUCCUGAUAAAUCUCCUGGUUUUGUAACACAUUUAUCGCCUGAUCCUACCAAAGUAUUGCACAGAAAAAAAGUGGAAAUCGAAGGUAACAGUCCUGCUUCUCCAAUUAUCCAGAAUCUUGUUCUUCAAAGUUCUACGAAAAAUAUACAACAGAUGAAAAUGAGUGAACGACGAAGCAGAAAAGAUUUCACAGAGCAAGAAAUUGCAUAUAUUUUAGAUGGAGUGAAAAAAUUUGGACACCACUGGAAUUCUAUUUUAUGGUCUUAUCCUUUUCAGAAGGGGAGGCAAAAUGUUGAUUUGGCCAAAAAGUAUAAGCACUUGCAGGUGCAGAUGUGCUAA